AUGCUGAGGCCUUCGAAACCACGCGAAAAAGGAAGAAUUGUUAGAAGACCAAAAGGUAGCCGUAGCAAGUACGCGAUCAGUCUCCCGCCGCCAGAACUUCCCAGACGCGGUUCAGGUCAUGUUCUUGUUUUAGGGAACAAUGACUUUGGACAACUUGGACUCGCCAUUUCUGAAGACGACGAUUCCGACGACGACAAAGAAAUAAUAACACCCACAUUGAACUCCAUUCUUGAUAAAAUGUCCGUCAUUGACAUGAGUAGUGGAAAUUUACAUUGCGCGGCUCUAACACACGACGGGCGGGUUGUUACCUGGGGCUGCAAUGAUCACGGCUCGCUUGGUCGAAGGACUGCCAGUAACGAGGAAAUGGCGAUACCUGCGUAUGCGGAAGGGAUAGAGGGAGUGGAGAUCACCAAGAUCGUUUGCGGCGGAAGUAUUUCACUCGCAAUAUCUUCCGACGGUUACCUCUAUAUGGCAGGAACUUUCAAAGGCCAAUCCGGGGUUUUGGGUUUCAAAGUAAAAGAGAAAACCCCCACGCAACAAAUGACCUUUGUGCUCUACGAACCAGCAAAAGAAUUGGUGGUCGUGGAUGCUGCUGCCGGUACCGAUCACGCGGUGGUACUCACAACCGAAGGCUACGUUUACUGUUGGGGAAGUGGCGAGGCGGGUCAACUCGCGAGAAAAGUUUCCGAACGUCAUGCCACCUCCGGUCUCUAUCCAAAUAAGCUAAAUCUAAUCGGGAUCGAGAAAGUAUUUUCCGGAGCGUUUCACAGUUUCGCAGUUCAACAAGAUGGGACCGUGUACGCUUGGGGGUUAAACAAUUUUGGUCAAUGUGGUUUUACUUCGAAGGAUGUUUUCAUCAUGCAACCCACGAUCGUUGAAUUUUUUAACGACAAGAGAGUGAAGAUCAUCGCAGCUGGGGAACAUCAUACUCUAGCGUUAUUGGAGGAUGGCAGAGUUUUCAGUUUUGGAAGGGCAGAUUACGGACAGUUGGGUUUGGGUGAAUUAAGACAGCGAAAUAUUCCCAUUCCUACAUUAAUUUCAGUUUCCGCCGGGAAGGUUGACAGAAGCGAGGAUGCCAUGGAAAUUGAUGAUCCCAUGGAGGUUGAGAGUGGAAGACCGUCAAAGUCGCGCAAUCCAUUAUUGUGUCGACUCAUUACCACCGGUGAUCACCAUAGCGUUGUUGUUGGUAAAGACGGAUUCUUGUAUACCUUUGGCUUUGGUGAUAGUGGAGCCCUUGGAAAUAAAGGAAAAAAGCCCGGCGAAGAAGAUGACGACGAGGAGUUUGAUGAGCACGCGCCAUUCCGAGUUAUGAGCAAAGAGUUUGAAAAUCGUGAGAUUCAAACAAGUGGACAACAACUGAGAUUUAGAUCUGUGAUGACUAGGAAUUUCGUUAAUGUUACCGUGUCCGAUGACGGCCUUACCGUCACAAAUACUGAUGGAGAUGCGUCCAGGUGGCCAAAUAUCACGCAAGUCCUGAAUCCUUCCGGUGAAUUGGUUUAUUUUCGUUCUGGCGAUAAUAAAAGAGUGUUGUAUUUAACCAAACUCGGCGAAUCAUUGGCAAAAGUGUUGCGAAGAUCUGGCAUAGACGUAACAAAACCGGUGUUGACGUCUCUUCCGGAUGGAUACGGAUUGUUCGAACGAGUUAAGGAGAAUAAAAAUCACGUGGAAGUUAGGACGGAUACAUAUCUAUUCGGCAGUAAUGUUAAUUCGAAAUUUUGUUCACCACAUGAAUUUGAGGAGCAUCUUUUAUGGCUGGCAUCAGAUGGGGCACCUCCUUGUCGAUGCAAGUAUUGCCAGAAGAAUCAGUCUCGCCGGCAGGUCUCCCGUGCUUCUCCAAAAAAGGAAUCUUCAUCAAAAAGAUUAACUGACUUGAACACGGAGUCAACUCAAGAUGCUGUCAAACCCAAAAAGCCAAAGAUUUCCUCCAACGAUCCGUUAUCAUCUGGCCCCGAGGCUCUCAAUGGCAGAGAUCGAAAUUUGGAAAAGCAUCCACACGUUUUCCGAAUUGGAGAGAUCGUCUGGGCCGAUGUACGUCACGUGCUGACCGAAAGUCAAAAAAACGAGUCUGGAUCGAGGAUUACAUACUGGCCAGCUUUCAUUCGCGAUCAUUGUCAAGACAAAAGUGUUCUUGCCGGUGAAUCUCCGGAAGUCGCCGUUCAAUACAAUUUGAGAAUAUUUUUAUUUGGUGAUAACGUUCUGUUAAAACAGAAAUCCAUUCUUCCAUGGUUGGAGAUCGUUCCCGAAGAAGUCACCGCUGAAAUGAAAGAUAUUGAACAUACAGAAUUGAUGUCCAAGUUCUUGCAAGCAGUUGAUCAUGCAAAAGCGAUGGCCUCCUCCACGCUCGAACCUUAUUAUUCGGAUGAACGGUUGCAACCAUUCCGUGAAACCGACGGCGGCGAAACGAAAAAGGGCCACAAAUUAAACCCGUGCAUUCGUAUCAAAGGCCUCUUGUACGGUGCCGAGUUAUUAAAGGAGAAUGAUUAUGUUCGAGUUUACCUUGACCAAUCGCAAAGUACAGAAGACAUGAAUAAGAACCCAAUCUUUAAGAUUCAUCAUAUCUAUUAUAAUGAAAGUACACGGCGCAUCGAGCUAUCAGGUGAUAUUUAUAUCAGAAUGUUCCAAGAGAAACACGUGUUGGUGAGGAUUAAUCCAAACAAAGAAGAAUAUCGACUCGGAUUAUCCGAGGUGGCGGGAAGGUUCUACGAAAUUUUUCCUAAUAUCACAAGAAGCCUGCAUAUAGACGAAUUUUGGAAUGAAAGGCAUCAAAAUGAAAUUUUCAAAGAAAUCUUUGACGGGGAGGAGAAUUAG